AUAGCAACCAGUAACAUAGGGGCGCUGUCGCGUGUUGUUGAUAGGGGACAGGUUGUUCCAUUCAUUCCAUGAACUGAAGAAGAAACAGGUGGACGCGUGUUUAUUAGUGCACUCCGAUUUGUUUGACCAUCAGAAACUUCACAGUCAAAAUUCACCUCUCAAGAUGGCGAUGGCAGGAUCCACCUUGCUCUCCAAAUCUCGCACCCCAACCAUGCCCAUGUCUCCUUACAAGGGCACGGUCGGGACAAGGACUGAUGCCGAGCUGGCCCAGAGCCUGGCCAACAUGAGCAACCUCUCUGAGACAGGCAUCCGGGGCUCGGCCAUGGGUGCCCCGGUAUCCAUGGGCUUCCGAUCGGGGAAGCACAUCCCCCAGGAGUGGCAUGAGGCCAACUAUUCCAAGUACUACCAGAGCUUCUCCGACAGGGACAAUGCCGAGCGGCUGCGGCACGAGUCCAAGCAGCUGGCCAACGAGACCGAGGCUCUGACACAGCGCGUCCAGGCCGACGUCACCAAGAAGCUCGCCGAGCGCAUGCACGACAUCAACUUCUGGAAGUUUGAGCUGAAUCGGGAGAUCGAGGAGAUGAUUGAGGAGACCGAUCUCCUCUGUGCCCAGAAGAAACGACUGGCCAAUGCCUUGGAUGCCACAGAGCUGCCUAUGAUGAUCGCAAGAGAUAACCUUGACUGCCGGGCAAGGCGGAGAGAAAUUGACUUGGUUGGAGACAGAGUGGAGUUGGCACUGAAUAAGGAGGUAGAAAUUAUCAGUAAAGUUCAGGACUUGCUGAAGAGAACCUUGGAGCAAGCCGACAGACAAAUCAAAUUGAACCGGGGUGGAAAACACAAGCUAACCAUGGACUGGUCUGACAAGGUCCGAGACUACAACAUUGACGAAAAGUGCGCCAACCUCAACAACAAUUCAACAGAGAUCCAGUACAAGGAAGGCUCUGCCAAAUUUGACGCAUCGCAAUCCACACCCGAGUCCUGGGCUCAGUUUUCCCACGACAACAUUGUCCGUGCCGAGCAUGAGCGGUUGGCCUCCCAGGCCCUCAGGAAUCUGAUUGACCAGAUCCUGACGGACACCUCCAACGACAUGAGGGAACAGUGCAACACCGUCAACGCCGAGUUCACCAACCGCAUCCAGGAGAUGAAUGAUGCCAAGACGGCGCAUGAGAACCACCUUCAGAAGACUGUCGAAGAGAUUGCCCAGAUGGAGAAGAAUAUUGAUUUCCUGGAGCAGGAGAUCAAGAACAAGGAGGCGCCCAUGAAGGUUGCCCAGACACGCCUGGAUCACCGCACUCACCGGCCUAACGUUGAGCUGUGCAGAGACCCAGCCCAAUUCAGGCUUGUCCAAGAAGUAGGCGACGUCCAGAACUCCAUCGAUCGAUUGGAGCAGAAACUCGCCGACUCCCGCGCCUCGCUCAACGACCUGAUGGCCACCCGCAUGUCUCUGGAACAACAGAUCGCCCUCAAGAAAAACAGCAUCUUCAUCGACCGCGACAAGUGCAUGAAAUUCCGCACCCGGUACCCAUCAACCUCCAGACUGGUUGGUUACCAGUAAUGAUGCAAUCAACUGGGUCUUUUCUAACUACUGUCUGAAAAGCUGGGGGGGGGGGGGAUUUACCGUCUAUUGUGAUCUAUGCUAAGAGUGUGUAUCCCUUGACGAAAUGAAGGUGUGUUGAGAGCCGAGAAGUUGUAAGUGCGCUGCAUGCUUAAUAAAAAUCAAAGUUUUCAUAAUUGCGUUCAAGCAAAAAUGCUAAAAUCAGUGGGGGUUUCUUUUGUACAUGUUGGGGAUUAAAAAAAUCAUGAAUAUUAAAUGGUUAUUAAUUACAUGUAUAUCACCAAAAUGCACUUAUUUUUAUAGUUACAUGUAUUUACCAAUACCCAACCUGAUGAAUCUUGCACAGAAAAUGAUUCCGUCCAGCUUGUACAUAGAUUAGCAAUUUUGAUAUUCGACAAAAGUCUUUGCAAUGCAUGAGAAAUGGAUAAAUUGCUUGAAAAAAAAUCUGGGCUUAUUCCUAAACAUAUCUUUUGGAAGAAAAGUAUGUAAAUUUUGAACAUUGUGUAUGUACAGUAACUGUUUUUUUAGCACCUAAUUUAAUCCUUCUUACUUAUUUUCCAUCAUAGAAAGAUGCACUAUCUCAACAAUAUUGCCACUUGUAACAAUUCAUUGUUGUACCACAAGUGCAUGUCAUAUUGUACAUAAAUGUCCAUUUGUACAUGUAACUCUAUAAAAGAGUUUGCAAUUUCCAUUGUUUUUCUGAUGUUUCAUCUGGUGGAACACUUUUUAAAGAUGACAAGAUAACACAAAUAUUUUUAUUUUGCAAUUGCAUGUGUUAAGAAUUUGCGGUCAAUAAAAUUGCAUGAGAUUAAAAAUAA